GUGGACAGUUGUCUGACAUGUUUAAACACGUCAUUAUUGUGAGUUUUCCAGAUUUCAGUUUAUUUUGUGCAUAUUUGAUUCAAAUAGAUACUUAAUUGUUAGAAAAAUGAAUUUAGAAGGAUUAAAUAAUUUAUAUACUAAUUUAUAAUUUCAUUUCUCAACAUGACUUCACCAGAAUCUAACUCAGAUAUAAAAACCUCAUGUGCAGAAGUAGAAAGGAAGCAACUGAACAAAUAUAUUCAUGAUAUCAUGUCCAAUGCAAUACAAAAUUUAAAUUCAAAUGAAUCAGAAAGAGAACUAAAUGUUAUAGAAUCUCAUGUGGAAUGCAUUAAAGAUGUGCCUUCAUCAGCGUCGAAUACAGAUAUGAAAAGGUCAUGUGCAGAAAUAAAAAAGGAUCAACUACAGAAAUAUGUUCAUACAAUACAACAUUUAAAAAUAAAUGAAUCAGAAAGAAACCUAAAUUAUAUAGAGUCUCAAGUGGAAUAUGUACCGUCACCAAAGUCUAACAUAGACAUAAGAACCUCAUGUGCAGAAAUAGAAAAUAAGCAACUGAAAUAUGUUCAUUCGAUCGUGUCCAAUACAAAACAACAUUUAGAACUAAAUUCUAUAGAAUCUCAGAUAGAAUCCGUUGAAGAUAUGCAUACAAAAAAAUUGAUACCAUUAGAAAAUACAGUCAAUACUUUUGCUGUAAAAAUAAAUAAACAAGAUAAAGCAACUGGGCCAGGAGUUAUCUUUAGUAAAGACGGUAAAAGAGUAUUUAAUUUCGAUGAAAAGUGUCCUCCAGUCCCAUAUUGUGAUGUAUUAAAUUUAAAAUUUAUGUCGAUCCCACGAACCAAAAUAUUCGUCUAUCCAACACGUUAUAUUCUUAACGAUUAUAACGAAAGUGGGGAGUUUUUUCCACAGGUAUUAGGCGGUGGUGAAGUAACGAGGAAAGUUUCGCUUAAAGAUAUUCUUCUUAUUCUUGCAAUACAAUUAAUUUUAACAUUUUCAGUAAUUUUCAUUUGUGUUUAUGUUCAGUUUUUGACAAAUUUUAUGCGCUACGAUAGCACAUUAAUGUAUUGCAUUUUUGGUGUUGGUUUGACUUUAUAUUUCGCUCUUAUUUGUUACCCAAAUAUUAGAAAUCGCAGACCCGAUAAUUAUUUUUACUUGUUUCUUUAUUCAUUGUGUACCGGUUACCUUUUGGGGUAUAUACAUGUCGGAUACGAAACUAAUAAACUGUUGUUAAUAAGUCUUUGUGAAACAUUAAUAAUACUGCUUCUCGUUAUUUUUAUAUCGUGGAUUAAUAUUAUCGAUUUUACUGCAUGUUUCUUUUUAAUUGAAACCCUCGUAACUUGUGCUAUGGUGUUUUACAUAAUCGCAUCUAUCCACAUGUGGCUAACUGGUAGAACUGUUUUAAUGUUUAUAUUUUUCUGCAUAUUGGUACCUGUUAUAUGUUUAUUAAUACUUCAACAAUUUCAAUUAUUGUUAGGAAAAGGAAAAUACGAAAUACAAACGGAUGAAGAUGUGUUGAUUUCUCUUCAUAUUUAUCUACAAAUUGUUAUUUUAUUUAUAGUUUUACCGAAAUUUAUUAUUGUCACCCCAUAUUAAAAUUUACCAACUAAUCUAAAAUUCGAUCGUAUCGUGCCGUG